AUGUCCGAAUUAUUUGCAUUUGGGGGAUGGGCGGUUUGGACAAAACAACUCUUUCAAGAGCAUUAUAUAACAAGUGGUGUUGUGGAAAAAGUGGGAGAAAAAUCAAAGAACCAUGGAAUACAGCCCGUGAAGAAAGAUCUUAUUUUGGCGUUGUUAGGGGAUAAUUAUGAUCCAGUAAACAAUUUGGUUGGAAGACGCGAUUGGUUUAAACUAGGUAGUAAAAUCUUAAUAACAACCAGAGAUAAACAAGUCCUUGGUACUAACGUAGAUCGUGAUGCUAUAUAUGAACGAAAGGGUUUGGAUUCUAAUGAGGCUUUUAAACUGUUCUCUUCACAUGCCUUAGGAAAAGACCGCCCUGCCCCUCACCCAAAACUAGGAAGGCUGGCAAAGAAAGUGACUCACAGGGCAAAAGGAAAUCCAUUGGCCCUAAGACAUUUGGGUAAUUCCGCUGUGUCUGGUAAGGAAGAUCCAGAAGCUUGGGAAAGCCUAUUGGAAAACCUUCAACAUCACCUGAUCCACACAUUAACGGUGCCCUAA